ACCGCGGGCCGAGGUGCAUUUUCUUUUCAUCUCGUGCCUCAAAUUUGUAUCUAGCUGUAUUUUGGUCAACAUGUUUAAAAAUAUUUAUUACAGUCACAUCUGAAACUCGUCAGUAACAAAACUUGCACAUUUUCUGAAAAUAUCAAAAAACAAAAAACAAAUUUGAGACAAUUUUUCACUUUCUACGGUAAGAAUGACCAAUCACAAUACGUUGCUGAUAGCAUGAUGUGUGGAGUGACUGGCUUUUGGCCAAUCAUAUUCUUUGUUUUAUGCGCACGCCUAUGCGACUUUUACUGUGCACUGCGACUUUCACUGUGUACUAUGGCGACUUCUGAGUCGUUUGAUGCCAGUGAGACGGACAAUUCUGAGGCUGGUGAAUCCGCUUUCUGUUCCAUACAUGUCAUCGAUACUCAGAGCAAGAUUAUACCAUUUAGUGAUAAAAGCUAUCAAAAGUGUAAGGAGUGUGCAGCUAAGUGGGUAAUCGUGGAAGAGAGUUUAGAAAGUGAAGUUGCAGAGAAGUUGCAAGAACACGUACACGAAAGUGAAGGUGUGGGACAAGUCGGUCUUCAGUCAUCGACAACAAGCAGGGAGCACCAUACUCGGCUUCGAGGAUAUCAUGCUGAAUGUUACCGACACUUUUGCAACGUAACGACAAUCAGUAGAGCAUUGACAAGACUUCAGAAGAAGAGAGAUGCUGAGAAGACAUCUACAGAAGAUCCAGAGGAAGUGUCAGCAAGUGAGGAUGCCCCUGCACCCAAGAGACUGCUGCGGUCGAGAGUAUCCCAUGAAAAUCAACCCUCUACCAGCCAUGACUUUGAUAAGCCGCAUGUAUUGCCAGUCCAUUGCAUUAUCUGCAAAGGAGCUAAGUAUAUCCGCGAACAGUCUUCUGGUAAACGGAAGGUAGAAAAAUUAAUUCUUUGUGAAAGAAAAGAUGGGGGGCAUCUGUUAGAGGCCGCUUUAUUAAAGCAAGAUGAACAAUUGCUUUUACACAUACGUGGGAAAGAUCUUGUUGCAAUAGAAGUAAGGUACCAUAAAUCGUGCUAUUACAGGUAUACAAAAGUUGUGAAGAGAUGUAAUACUUAUAAACAGGAUACUCAGCAAACAGUAAUAUAUGAUAAGUCAUACUCUAGUUUCUGCAAAAAGGUAAUUGAGGAAAGGAUAAUGAAAAAUAAGGAGAUCCUUAGGCUGACUAAGCUGAACCAACUCUUCAUCAAGGAAGUCAGGGGAGUUGAAGGAUUAGAUGCCUCCUCCUUCAAAACCUACCGAUUGAAAGCACGAUUGAAAUCCUCACACCCUGCUCUUUGUUUUGUCAGGCCUUCUAGGAAGGUGGAGAGCGACAUUGUAUUUGUUGAAAAUCUGUCUGUUGAGGAGGUAGUAGAGGAUGCAGUUGGAGAAAUGACAAGUGAAGAAAGCGAGUGCAAUGAAGCUGUGAGUGAUGACCCUUCACAUGCAGUUCCAUCCAGAGCUUAUCACCUGAGGGAUAUGUUCCAUGCUGCCCAGGUUGUUAAAGACAGCAUCGUCAAUGCACCUAACCCAAUAAAGUGGCCCCCCACAGCUGAUGACUCAACCCUGGACACAGUCGACAAAAUUGUGCCUUCUGCACUCUUUAAUUUUCUUGCAUGGUCAACUGGGGCAAGUUCUGACCCAAGAGACUCCGGAAAGGUUGAGGUGCCUGAUGAGCUCCAUCCCCGCCUUCUUUCAGUUGCCCAGGAUAUUAUGUUCUUGAGAGCAAAAGGAAGGAUCCUUCUUCCCAAGCAUUCAUCCCUCUCAAUGGCAGUUCGUCACUUAACAAGGUCACACUUGUAUGAUGUUGUAUUUUACUGUUCAUGUGAUUUAUAUGAAAACUUUAGAGAUUGAUGAGGCUUAAAAAUUUAUAACCACUUUGAAUAUAUAGUCAUUUACAGUAUUUGUGAGGUAAAUGUAUAUACUUCCAGCAAAAUGUUUUUGAUGCCCAAGUCUAGUAGUGGUUUAUUGACUGCACUGCACAUUCAAUUGUUUAUGGUACAUAGUCAUUUAGACAAACAUAACAUGAAUCCAUUGUUACCAUGUUUCACUCAGGUGUACAUGUACAUGUAAAUGGGUACCCAUCUAACCAGAGCAGUACAUAUUUUGUUGCUAGGUAUUACUACAUGCAGGUAAAGAGAAGUGUCAUAAAGCAUAACAAGUGCUCUAUAAACAGGAACCAAUAUUUUAUUUUGAAAAUUCCUGAUACAUGUUGAGUAAUGGUCAUUCCCUUUGUCAUUCUGGAAAGUAUUUGUUCUUCAUGUAUUUUUUUUUCAUCAUGACUUGACACUGAAAGUUGUUUCUCAAUAUGUUAAUGUAAGGGAAGAAAAUACUUGUAGAUGUCGGGAGAUAAAUGUGUUUUUUGCCUCUAUUCACUGCUAAAUAAAUACAUUGUACCAUUGUAGGUAUAGAUUUGAACUGGACAUGUAAGUAUUUUGUUCCAUUGUGAAAAAAUAUUCUAAUUGUGCACUAUCGGAGGAUUGAGAUUAAGUAGUUCACAAUUUUGUAAAUACCAUGAUUAGUAAUUGAAAUGUAUUCACGUUUAAGUUUAUGUUUUAUGCUGUACAAAUGUGGGUAUCUGGCAAUUCUUGUUUUUGUCAUCAACGUAAUGGAGGGAAAAUAUUGUUAAAAAUAUAAUUAAAUCAUCAAAUCAUCAAAGGCAAGUAGCAAGGAAGUUGAUUUAUGUCUGGUUUCCAUGCCUUGUAUGAAUCAAUGAUGGAUUUUCUCCCUCUAACAGUACACAAUGAUAUUGAACAUUUGAAAGUCAUUGUAUGAAUUAAUUCUCUGUAUUGCUAGUACAGUAGACUUAUACUUGUUCAAAAUCUGUUGGGGCAGUUUAAUAGAUUUGGUAUUAAGGAAUGAGUUUGAUCAUUGUUAUGAAAAAAACAAAAACAAAACUGCCUGGAAAUUUCCUUUAAGAGCCAGAAAAGUGUACCUCAUCAUGAAUACAAUUUAUUUUUCUUACAAUGAAUCUACUUCAUACUAUGCAUUACGUCUACUGCCCCCCCCCCCACCCCAUUGUCAAAACUUCCUGUGAUUUUGCAAUGUAUUUGAGAUACAUGUAGUUAAAAGAUGAUUAAAAAUAUUGAUUGAAUAUGGAAA